UCUUAUAGCCCGCGAAGGCGCGAAGCAACUGUCAUACGUUGAGGCCCGAACAAACCAGGAAACCAGAGUUUCAUUGCUCAAUCUUCGAUCAUCGGCCAAACCACAGUCGUUUUGCCUUUCUGAAAGUCGUUACUGGAGGCAUUGGUUGACGGAAAUGACGAUCACGGCCACGCCUUUAUUGAAAGAUGGAUGCCUCAUCGUCAGGGGUAAGACGGUCUUGACCGGAGUUCCGCACAACGUUGUCGUAUCUCCAUCGGUGGGAGACUCUGCUUUUCUCGGUGCAAAUUCCACCAUUCCCAGUUCUCGUCAUGUUUUCAAUCUUGGAGUGCUCGAGGAACGGAGAUUCUUAUGUCUAUUUAGGUUCAAAAUUUGGUGGAUGAUACCGCGUGUGGGGAAAUCCGGCUGUGAAAUCCCCAUGGAAACUCAGUUUCUUCUUCUGGAAGUGGCAGAGUCUGUUCUGGAGGGCAAGGAUUCACCUGAACUAUCAACAGAAAACACUUUCUACAUAAUCUUGUUGCCUGUUUUGGAUGGACAAUUUCGUACAAGUUUGCAGGGGACUCCGGCAAAUGAGCUUCAAUUCUGCGUUGAGUCUGGUGAUGUCAAUGUCCAAACCUCCAAAGCAGUAGAAGCUGUGUUUAUCAAUUCUGGAGAUAACCCCUUUGAGCUCAUUAAGAACUCUAUUAAAAUAUUGGAGAAGCACCAGGAGACUUUUAGUCAUAUUGAGAACAAGAAGAUCCCUGCACAUUUAGACGGAUUUGGGUGGUGCACUUGGGAUGCAUUUUACACUGAAGUGAAUCCACAAGGAAUCAUAGAGGGUCUUCAAAGUCUAUCAGAAGGAGGCUGUCCACCAAAAUUUCUUAUCAUUGAUGAUGGAUGGCAAGAAACCAUAAAUGAGUUUCACAAAGAAGGUGAACCGCCAGUUGAAGGGACACAGUUUGCAACCAGACUGGUGGACAUCAAAGAAAAUUGCAAGUUCAAGCACUCAGGCUCCGAUAAUACAUGCACUGAUCUAUGUGAUUUUAUUCAUUCAAUCAAAGGGAGAUAUGGAUUAAAUUAUGUUUACAUGUGGCACGCCUUAGUUGGGUAUUGGGGAGGGGUUCUCCCAUCAUCGGAAGUGAUGAAAAAGUACAAUCCAAGGCUUGUGUAUCCAAUUCAGUCACCUGGUAACACAGGGAAUCUUAGAGACAUUGCUAUGGACAGCUUGGAGAAAUAUGGAGUUGGAGUUAUUGAUCCUCAAAGCAUCUUUGAUUUCUACAAUGAUCUUCAUGGCUAUCUUGCAAGUUGUGGAGUAGAUGGAGUCAAGGUGGAUGUUCAAAAUGUGAUUGAGACCUUAGGUGCUGGUUAUGGUGGACGGGUACCGUUGACUAGACAGUAUCAAGAGGCUCUCGAGCAAUCUGUUGCAAGACAUUUCAGGGACAAUAACCUUAUAUCCUGCAUGUGUCACAAUUCGGACUCAAUAUACAGUUCAAAGAAGACUGCAGUUGCUAGAGCAUCUGAAGACUUCAUGCCAAGGGAGCCGGCAUUACAGACCUUACAUAUUGCCUCUGUAGCGUUUAACGGUCUUUUCCUAGGACAAAUUGUGGUGCCAGACUGGGAUAUGUUCCAUAGCAAACAUGAGACAGCAGAUUUCCAUGGUGCAGCAAGAGCAUUGGGAGGGUGUGCUGUGUAUGUAAGCGACAAGCCAGGAAAUCAUGAUUUCAAAGUCCUUAAGAAGCUUGUAUUGCCUGAUGGGUCAAUACUGAGAGCUAGACAUGCUGGACGUCCUACCCGUGAUUGUUUAAUGAAAGACCCCGUCAUGGAUGGAAAAAGCUUACUCAAGAUAUGGAACUUGAACAAGUUAUCUGGAGUAAUAGGUGUUUUCAAUUGCCAAGGCGCAGGAAGGUGGCCGCUGAAACAGGAAGAUGAACACAUGGCUAUCAAACCUUUGUCUAUUUCAGGCCUUGUGAGACCCAUAGACGUUGAAUUUCUUGAAGAGGUUGCUGGUGAGAACUGGAAUGGAGAUUGUGCAGUUUAUGCCUUCAAUUCAGGAUCUCUUUCCAAGUUGCCUAAGCAAGGAAAAUUUGAAGUGUCCUUGGCCACUCUCCAAUGUGAAAUAUACGCAGUCUCUCCAAUGAGGGUCUUUGGUGAGAAUAUUCUCUUUGCUCCGAUAGGCUUGCUCGAUAUGUAUAACUCAGGAGGAGCAGUAGAAGCUAUGGACUCCACCGUGGAUGAGUCGAGAUGCAUUAUAACAAUCAAUGGAAGAGGCUGUGGGCGAUUUGGAGCCUACUCGAGCACCAAACCAAAGAGUUGUAUGGUGGGCAAGAAGGAAGAGAGCUUCACCUACAGCGUUAAAGAUGGAUUGUUGACAAUUGAACUUCAAGGAGGUUGCCACUUGAGAGAGAUAGAAUUUGUGUAUUGAAGGAGUCUAAUGAUCAAAUUAUGAGUUUUUAUUUUUA